AACUGGAAUUGCUGUUUCUGUUCUUCACUUGGUUACGGUAGGCGCUUUUUUCCAAUAUUGUUGUUUAGAAUGGCCAAAAUAUUUCAUGAAGGUGAAAGCAGACAUGGCGAGUGGAGUGAUGCUAAGGCAGAAUAUGAUGAGAGUGACAAGCAUCUGGUUAUUCUUGGUAAGCCAGUAAUGGAACGAUGGGAAACUCCAUUCAUGUAUAAGAUGGCAGACAUUGCAACAAGUAAUGGUGGACGAAUUCUAGAGAUCGGAUUUGGAAUGGGCAUCGCCAGUAGCCGAAUCCAAACAGCUACAAAUCUGAUGGAGCAUGUCGUCAUUGAGAUGAAUGAUGAAGUGUUCGAGAGACUGAAACAGUUUGGCAAAACUGCAAAGACAAAAGUGACCCCUCUUAAAGGCAAGUGGCAGACUGUUGCUCCCACUCUGGAGGAUGCUUCAUUUGAUGCUAUCUUCUAUGACACCUACCCUCUUAGUGAAAGUGAGUGGCACUCCCAUCAAUUUGACUUCAUCAGGGAGCAUGGAUUCCGACUACUCAAACCUGGAGGCAUCUUGACAUACUGCAAUAUCACAUCAUACGGUGUGUUGGUAAGAGAGAAGUAUGGGUACGACGUGAGGAAGAUGUUUGAAGAGAGUCAGAUACCAGAGCUAGAGAAAAUUGGCUUCAGGCGAGAGAACAUUUCCUAUGAAGUUGUGCCUGUGAUGCCAGAGGCAGAAUGCAAGUACUAUGAUCACAAAGAGCUGGUGGCUCCAAGGAUCGUGAAACAGUGAGCUUGACUGUAGCUUAGCACGAAAGCAUGGUGGUUACGUUGUGACAUUUUGUAUCCAUGCUUUAGUGACUAUCUACAUAUUUAUAUAUGUCUACAGACGUAGUCACAUACGUUAAUUAAGGCAUAUUUAUCAAUGAGCUAGAAUAACAAAUGCUGUCAGUCACCUUUGAUACUACAAUGUCUGUUUGCCUGCUUUCUGUUGGGAGAUGACACAGAUUUUGAACCUAAAUAUCAACUGAAUGUG